CCACAGGAUGGAUAAAGUUAUUUGCAUAUCACAUAUCUGAUAAGAGACCGGUGUCCAGAAUCUAUAUAUAUAUAAAAGCCUAAUAUACAAUGUGUCCCCUUGGGAGUUUGACUACCCAUGAGUUUGAUCACUCACUAUGACAUGCACUGACCAACAGGGGGUGGCAUGGAAUGAAGGGAGGCCCCGGCCAGCAGCCAGCAGCUGCUAGGGACCCUACCUGUGCACGAACUUUGUGCACUGGGCUUCUAGUAUAUAAAUAACGCUUUUAAGAAUAAAAAGCCAAAUAACCCAAAUUUUAGAAAGGCAAAUGUUCUGAAUAGAUACUUCCCCCAAAAAAUACCCAAUAAAGUAAAUUUCCAAAUGACGUGAAAAGAUACUCAACAUUGUUAUUCAUCAAAGAAAUGUAAACAUAAAUCAUAAUGAGUCAUCAUUUCAUACCCUAUCAAUUUUUUAAAGGAAGGAAACUAACAAGUGUCGGUAAAGAUGUGCAGAAAUUGAAACACUCAUACAACAUUGGUAGGAAAGUAAAAUGGUGCAGCUUUGGGAAAAACAGUUUGGCAAUUCCUCAAAGAGUUAAACAUAAAGUUACCAUACAAUCCGGAAAGUUCACAACCCAAGAGAAUUAAAAAUAUAUGUCCAAAUAAACUGUGUACAUGAAUGUUCAGAGCACCAUUAUUCAUAAUAGCCAAAAAGUCAAACAACCCAACUGUCCAUCAACUGAUGAAUGGAUAAAUAAAAUGUGGUUUAACCAUACAAUAGGAUUAUGCAACCAUUACUUAAUCAGUUAUUUAACCUUAAAAAGGAAGUACUGACAUGCCACAACAUGGAUGAAUCUUCAAAAUGUGCUAAGUGAAAGAAGCCAGACACAAGAGAUCACAUGUUGUAUGAUUCCAUUUACAUGAAAUGUCCAGAAUUGACAAAACCAUGGAGACAGAAAGUAAAUUAGUGGUUGCCAGGGGAUGGAGAGAGGUGGGGAGUGGGAUUGAUUACUAACAAGCAUGGCAUUUCUUUCGUGGGGGGUGGUGAUGGAGAUGUUCUGAAAUUGGAUAGUAAUGGUGAUGGUACAUUGUGAAUAUUCUAAAAACUUCUGAAUUCCACAAUUUAAAAUCAUAAAUUUUUGCCUGGUCAGUGUUGCUCAGUGGUUGAGCAUUAACCUAUGAACCAGGAGGUCACGGUUCCAUUCCCGGUCAGGGCACAUGCCUGGGUUACAGGCUCGAUCCCCAGUAGGGGGCCUGCAGGAGGCAGCCAAACAAGGAUUCUCUCAUCACUUGUUUCUAUAUUCCUCUCUCUCUCACUUCCUCUCUGAAAUCAAUAAAAAUACAUUUAAAAUAAAUAAAUAAAAUAGUGAAUUUUACGUUACAUGAAUUUUACCUUAAUUUCAAAUAAUUAUAAUUAUGUAUAACCGGUACAUUAAUCAAAUACAAUUUCUGAUAAAAUAAAAAUACAACUUAAAAAAGACAUUAUCCUUUAAUAUCCCUCCUAACUCCAAAAUUACCUGAACCUACCCUUGAUAGAUUCCAGGUAGGAAGCCUGGUGGUGGGAGGAGGAGGGAUUAGUGAAGACUCCAUCUCCCACCUUCCUCCAAUCUACUUUUGGUUUCUCAUGAGAAGCACCAUUUCUGCCUGAGACGCAUGGAAAGAGGUGUAGCUAUAGAUAUUCUCAGUGUCUAGAUGGAGCCCUCUGGCAUCCCAGAGUCCACCACCCCUUAUGAUUAUGAUUCGCAGAGCCUUUUGUGUGAGACUCAGACCUUCACCUUUGCGACCUUCAACACCACCAUCCUGUACUGCCUGGUGUUCUUCCUCAGCCUGGUGGGCAACAGCCUGGUGUUGUGGGUCCUGGUGAAGUAUGAGAGCCUGGAGUCCCUCACCAAUGUCUUCAUCCUCAACCUGUGCCUCUCAGACCUGGUGUUCUCCUUCCUGUUGCCUCUGUGGGCCUUGGUGUACCACUGGGGCUGGGUGCUGGGAGACUUCUUCUGCAAGCUCUCCAACAUGAUCUUCUCCAUCAGCCUCUCCAGCAGCAUCUUCUUCCUGACCAUCAUGACCAUCCAUCGCUACCUGUCUGUGGUGAGCCCCCUCUCGUCCCUGAGGGUCUACACCCUCCAAUGCCGCGUGUUGAUGACCACAGCUGUGUGGGCCGUCAGCAUCCUGUCCUCCAUCCCCGAUGCCGUCUUCCACAAAGUGUUUGAUCCUCCAGAAUAUUCAUCAGAACCUUCGAAAUGUGAUUAUUCAGAACUCAAGUGGUACCUGGCCUCGGUCUACCAGCACGUUGUCUUCUUCCUGCUCUCCAUGACGAUUAUCCUGUUCUGCUACGUGGAGAUUCUCAGGACCCUGUUCCGCUCGCGGUCCAAACGGCACCACCGGACAGUCAGGCUCAUCCUCACCAUUGUGCUGGCACACUUCAUCAGCUGGGCUCCCUACAACCUGAUCCUGUUCCUGCAGACACUGUUGAAACUUAAGAUCAUUCAGAGCUGCAAGGCCUACUGGCAGCUGGAUUAUGCCUUGCUCAUCUGCCGUGAUUUUGCCUUCUCCCACUGCUGCUUCAACCCAGUGCUCUAUGUCUUUGUCGGGGUCAAGUUCCGCAGACACCUCAAAAGUCUGCUCCGGCGCUCCGGGCUCUGCCGGUCACAGGCGCCCAGCCUUUCCCCGGUACCUCACUCCCCAGGUGCUUUCCACUCUGAGGGCGCCUCCUUCUAUUGAAAGGGAGUUUGGCGCUGCAGGUUGAGAUGGACAGAAGAGAUGGAGGGGGAGCAAAGAGAAGUGGUACAAGAAAGAGCAUUGCAGAAGGCUCAACACUGGGGGUGCUACGGCUGCAGGGGUGGGAGGUGAAAGAAAUACGUUAUACCAGGAGGUCCUACUGCAGAAAAGGGGCUCCCUGCCUGGAAAUUUUAUGUUGCCAUCAAGAAAAACACUUCUUGGAUUCUGAGUUAGUUAUUCAUUCCUUCACUUAUUCAUUCAUUUAGACAUGGGUUUGUGAUUAUUACUUAGUUCAGAAGGUUCUAAAACAUAAAAGGAUUCCAAGAAAGGAGCCUCCUUCAAGACUUGAGGAGGGGCUGAACUCAGGUGUGAUAAUUGUGCAAAUGUAGGCUGCUGGCAAGACAGUCUCUCCCAUUCCUGACUGUACGGUUGUCCCAGCUAAUUUUAGAGAGCAUUCCUCAGGGACGACUGGAUGAGGACAAAAGUACCCACAUCCUCAAAUAAGCAUAGUCAGACGGAAUCUGGAUUCUAAAAACCUACAACUGGACUGGAGAUGUGUUCUGCAUCAUAAUUCCAACUUCUAGCAUAUGUAGUCCAUAGAUCUUUUAUUGAAAAAAAAAAAAAAGAAUGAAUGCAAUAAGUGCUGCCGUCUGCAUGAAGCAAGUACUUGGAGGAUAUAGAGAUGAACAAGGUACCAACGUCCAGCUCUGAAGGCCCAGGCUUGCAUCCAUCUUGGUGAAGGCAGCCAAGGUGAAGAGUCCUCCAAUAUCUCAUUCUCUCCCGGUAGCUAUUGAUCUGACACUGCAGAUUCAUCAUGUUCCACCUGGAAUGUUCUCCUGCUUGGUUGACAGCACCAGCUUCCCCCCGGUUGCUCACCCUCCAAACCUGAGUCAUUUUCAAGCCAUGCCUUUCCUUUCCUUCCACUCCCACGGCCAAGUUCUAUUGACUCUGCCUUCCCAGUGCCUCUCAGAGUUGUUCUCGCUAUUGCAUGCUCAUGGAUUCAUCCCCAGUGGCCUCACUUCCUCAGCAUCUUCCUGCUGCUCAUCUCUUUCCCCACCAGCAUCCUCUGCAUUGAAACCAAGCUGCUCAAACCCUUAGGCAGCUCCUUAUUACCUACAAAUAAAGCCCACACACCUUAGCAAGUCCUUCAAGGCCCCUGAAAUCCUCUGCUAGCUAACUUGUGCAUUCUAUUCCAUCCUAAGCCCCCAUGCCACCAGCGUGGCAUCCAACCACAAAAGACCCAGUUCCCUCUUGGCCUCUGCCAUGCUGUCCCAUGCUGGGCCAGGGACACUUGUCCUUCUGCUCCCUAAUCUACAAGCCCCAGCUGAAAGGCCAUCUUCUUCAGGAAGCCCUCCCCCAUCUUUAAAUCAGGAGAGCACUCUCUGGUUGUUGUGGCACUUCGCUUGUCCCUGAAAGAUAUUUGUCACUUUCCACCACGUGUCAUAGUUACGCACGUGCAUGUCUUUUUUAAAAAAAUAUAUUUCAUUGAUUUUUUUAUAGAGAAGAAGGGAGAGGGAUAGAGAGUUAGAAACAUCGAUGAGAAACACCGAUCGGCUGCCUCCUUCACACUCCCUACUGGUAUGUGCCUGCAACCAAGGUACAUGCCCUUGACCGGAAUCGAACCUGGGACCCUUGCGUCCGCAGGCUGUUGCUUUAUCCACUGAGCCAAACCGGUUAGGGCCGCACAUGCAUGUCUUAUCUCCCUGCCCCAUCAGAUGGCAAACUGGCUGAAGGCAGGCACCUGGUCCUGCACCCUGCCAAGCAUGGACCCUGGUGCUCUGUCAUUGUGUACGAAGUGGGAGCAAACAGUGACAGCUGUCAUUAUUCUUCUAAUUGCUUUUGGGGGAUGUGUGCCAUGGGGCACUUUCUACCUUCCUUGCCCCAAGCUACUUCCUUAUAGAUAUUAACCUUUCUUUCCUAGUCUACACUCAGAGUACAUUGCUUAAUCUUCUAGGUGGCAAUGACUAUAUCUGACCUUGCCUUUUAGUUCAUGGUACGCAUGCUUGCCUCUUCCACGGUCCCGUAGCUUCACAUCCAAGGAACACCCUCUAAAUUUUCCCGUACCAUCCAGACCUGGUCCCAGUCUGUGAACCUGAUUCAGCUCUGGACUGGGGCCUUUAGAAAAGCUCCCCAGCGGAUUCUGACAUGUACCCUACUUAGAAACAUUGGGUGCAACUCCUUGAAAAUGGGAAUUCCAGAAUC